ACCCUGUACUUGUUUACAUUGUUCGAGUUCGUAAAUUUUAUGUUUCUUUUUAAUUAAUUACUUAAAAUAAAGCUUAAUGGCAGCGAAAAAACUUAGUGAAGACUAUGCCAACUAUUUUUUGAAGAAUAAUGUUGCUAAAGAAGUCGCACCAAUGAUAUCAACAGUCGAAAAUAUUCACGCAAGAUCAAGUGAAAUUGAAAGCAUAUUUCUUCCAACCAUUCAACAUGAUACUAUUGUGCUCAAAGAUAACAUCAAUCAAAUUUUACAAUGCAAAGAAGAGUUUGAACAUAUUUUUUCACAAAUCGAUAAUCUUGAACUUCUCGUGACCAGAGUGAAGGUUGAUUUACAAAAGUUAGAGACACAAAUCGAAGUUGCUGAAGAAGAACUUGAUAUUCCUGAAAAGAAAAUGGAUAUAUUCUUAAAAUCGAUCAAUAUUUUUGCGAAACCUCGAAGUACUCAGUCAACAAAUCUAGAUGAAGAUGGAAAUUACAAGCCAGUAGAUAUUUUCAAAGCAAAAGAUUAUUUUAAUGAAUAGAUAAUCAGUCUUUUUUUAAUAUUAUACGACAAACAUUUAUUCAAAUCAAAUAAUGUGAUUCAUCUUUUUAGACAUUUAACUAUAAUACAUCAUAAGUUUCUUAAUUAUCUAGAACUAACACUUUAUGCUGAUACUCUUCUUACUUUCUGCACUCCAAAUGAAAAAAAAACGAAAUGUUACAAUGUCAAAGACAAAUGAGAAACAAAAUGUUGCCUUAAAUGACUCUCAGAGAAGGAUUGUUAAGAUUAAUGAUAAAGUUUUUUGUUA